AUUUUUUAUUUUAUAGAUGUAGAGGUUCUUAAAACCAAUUACGAUAAAAUAGCCUAUCUUAUAAAAAAAUGAAAAUGCAAGAUCAGAUUGUUCAACUGAUGAAGAUCUUAGUUUUAUAGAAAUAUUAAGAGUUGAAGCUCAAAACCCAAUGAUAAAAAAUUUCUCACAAGUAGACUCAAUUAUAGAUACCACAUAAGAUUUAGAAGAAUUCCUUAAUUCUCUUGAUUGAAAUCUAUGAUGCAAGAGGAGAACCACUUAAUAAUGUAAGCCUCUUUUCUGACUGAUUAUAAUACAUAUCCAAC